AUGAGAGAUUUAUCAUUACAUGGGCAACAUGACAGAAGACCAAUUUAAAAGAAUUAUAUAUUAUUUAGUACGGAGCCCCGUAAAGCAGUGUAAAAACGUACGUCGUUUAAACUUCAUUUUGUUUGAUGAAAUAAGUGUUUAGACAUUGGAAAGACCAGUGAUGCUACCAAUGGAGGGACAAAACAUCAACAAAAGUUCGCCGCUAAUUGAUGAUAAUUGUAAAGUUGAUAAAGGAAAGGAAUCACCUAUAGAUCAUGGUUGGGCAUGGGUUAUUAUGUUUGCAUGUUUCAUGACCAAUACCAUAUGUAUGGGUUAUAUAAGAACGUUUGGAAUUUUAUUUGUGGAAUACCGAGAAAGAUUUGAGACAUCUGCAGCGACGACAGCUUUAACUAUGGGGUUUAGAAGUGGAGUACAAUCUAUAACAGCUCUAUUGGUACAUAAUAUUAUAUUAGAAUUUAUAACUGUUCGAUCAGUAGUAGCUGUAGGGGGAUUUAUUUAUGGUAUCAAUGUUAUUUUAAAAGUGUUUGCACCUGACAUAACUUAUGUUAUACUGACAGAGUGUAUAUUAGCAGGUGCUGCUCAUGGAAUGGUAUUCAGUCCAACCUUUGUAAUAUUAGGUCAAUAUUUUAAUAAAUACCGUUCAUUUGCCACCGCUUUUGCCACGUGUGGAUCAAGUUUAGGCGGUAUGCUGUUUGCCCCUAUGUUAAACUAUCUACUUGAUACAGAAGGUUAUAGUGGAGCUUUAUUAAUAUACGGUGGUCUAAUGUUUAAUAUUAUUCCAUUUGCUUGUUUAUUUCGUCCGUUAAAUCCUGAAGAAAUGCAAAAAGAUGAGGAACGCUCUGAAACUGACACCAUUGAUGCUACACUCGCAGUGGCGGAUAUUGGUUCUUUUUAUGGCUUAAAUCCUGUUGCCGGCAGCUCAACCUUUAUGGCACCCAAAAUAUUAAGCAACAGCGAAAAUAAUAUUGUUGUCGAUAAAAGAUUUCCUUUAGAUAAAAAUUUGGACAAUUCUAUUUAUAAAUCGGCCAGUGUUUCUCAUAUUAACAAAGUUAUACUCUUAGAUAGUGUGUUACAAUUAAAUGUUCAAAAUCGAAGGAUCGUGGACCAGGAAAAGGAUUCGAGUGAAAUAGUAACCAAAUCCAUUCCAGGACUUUUUCUAAAGCUCAUCAAAGUGUUUGACUUCAGAUUAUUCCAAGACUGUCGUUUUCUGAUCAUAUCAGCUUUUACAUUCUUUGGACCAUUUUCAGUUGGUACCGGUGGCGUUUUAUUACCGCCUCUAAAUAAAGAGAUGGGUCUGCACAGUACUCAAUCCUCCAACCUCCUCAUGGUGUUAGCAGCAGUUGAUCUCUGUAGUAGAUUUAUCAUUGGAAUAAUAGCUGAUAAAAACUGGAUAAGAAAACAGAAUAUUGUGAUUAUAUCUUUGAUUAUUCUCGGGGUUUCUUUUCAAUUUGUUGAAUUUUGUACCGAUUUUCCCCGGCUUGUGGUGUUUACAGUAUUAAUGGGGUUAUUUUCUGGUGCUUAUUUUGCGUUAUUAACUGUCAUAUUGAUAGAUAUAGUGGGAUUAGCUAAAUUAAGUCCUGUGUUAGGUUUUGUGCAGCUGUAUGGUGGAAUAUCUAGCGUAACAAUGUUUCCAUUAUUAGGUCUAUUACGGGAUGUGACAGGGAGCUAUGUUGCUGCCUAUCAGUUUCUCGGUGCUACUGCCUUUGUUACUGCUUUAAUUUUAUCAAUGGAACCACUAGUAAGGCGCCAUCGUAAAAAGGCAAAGGAAACUCCCGGCAUUAGUGUGGCGAAAAUAGAAGAUGGUGAGUGAAAAGGCUGUUUGGUUUACACGAUUUCAUUCAUUUUAACAAUAAUAUCCACAUGAACAUGUUGUCGAGAAUGUCUGGUCAUGGUAUCCAUGUGAAUAAAAAAUACUUUCUUGGUUUGGAUAUUCAGGUUCGAACUGACAUCCUUUCAGUUCCAUUUUACAACUCCUCGUCUUCUGAAGAAGACAAUAUAUAGUCUCACCCGGAACUUGCGGGUAGGCAUUACGGUUCAACCACAGUAUAGAUCUGUACUUAUAGUUGGAAUCUGUUUAAUCUAUGUAAAACUGGUGGACAACAUUAUCCUUUAGGAUUAAGGUUAUUCGAUGUCAUCGUAUUUUCAAACCAGAAUUUGACGAUUAUGUAAAAUAAAUGUCUCUUUAAGCGAUUUAAUUAUAUAUUAAACCGUGUAGAGCAAUAAAUUAAUCUACUGUCCAUGAGUUUCACCUUCUACCAACGAUCUCGUUAGUUCGAAAUAACACAAGUUUCUACUUGUAUCUAAUUAACAUCUUUAUCUUUAAAUUUAAAUCUUGUGAUACCAAGACGGUAUUUUCAGCCCACAACAGAGAGCUAGGGACAGAUGGACAAAUUAGCAUGAGCCUACGAUUUUGAGUUCGACUUCCCCCCACCAGGUAGAGGCAAAGGGUGCGCCUUUAGUAAAGAUGAACGUUAUUUAUAAAGAGGGUCUAUUGGAAUCCUUCAGCACAAACUAUUAAUAUGAAAUGUAUAUACAUAAAUAGAUUUAGCACUGAUUACUAUAUACUUAUUGGACAAUAUGAAAUCGGAUAUACACAGGUUUGCGUGGUCGUCUUAAAGUAAUAUGAAAUGUAACCGAGAGUGCUGAAAACUAUUCGUUUUAUAGUAGUAGAAAGACGAACCUUCGCGUUGUUUGUAGCAUACCGUUCAAUUACUAAAUGCCACUUACAGAAUUUAAAAGGGUUCAGAUUGUUUUUUCGAAAAAUCAAGUGAACGUAGGAUUGUUUAAAUAAUUAGUUUCAUGACUUUGAAGUAAAGGCCGUCUACGUCUUUCGUUUCACAGGGAUGUUCUACUUGAUGAAGGGGCGUAAUUCCAUACGCGCGUAAAUAUAACAUACCCCUUUGAAUUUUAGAAAUAGAUGUUACUCUCCAUUGCACUGCACACGUUACCAUUUUGCCCACUUCGUAAAUAUACAUUGAAACGCUUUAUAAAACCAUUUAUUUACAUAUUAAAUAAACUUACAGCACUAAACAAUUAUAAUAAAAACAAAAAUACUCAAAUAUUAUAAUGUCUAGCUAAAGAUCGGCAUUCAUCCCGAGCUAACAUAUCUAUAGAUAGGUAACAGCUGAUUUGAUACAAAAUAAUAGAUAUUAAUAUUAUAAUCAAUAUUUAUACAUUACUAUAGUUAAAGGGGCCAAAUCUCUAUUCUUUGGCACCUAGAAAUGGACACAAAUAGGUCGCAACGCAUAUAGUAAUGUAUUAUGAAUGUACAUAAACUAAUUUACAUUCAAUCGUUUCUGUUUUUAUCAUAAUUUCUAAUCAGUUAUAUUCGGCGACAUAUGCGACGAGUCCAAAUUGAAUGGCAGUCUAUGGCAUCUGGUUAUUCCAGUCUACAGCGG